GAUGUAUUGCUGUGAAAUUUCGUACUUUGGGUGGAUCAAACAUGUCAAAGACCUAUGCAUGUGGGGUUUUUUUAUUCAAGAAAAUAAAAAUUUAUAUGAUCCAAGACGUUACUGUUUUUAAACAGGGUAGGCUCUUUUAAAAAAACUGUAUUUGAAGCCAGAGAUAGCAUUUUACCGAUGCCUGUUGGUAAUUUGGACAUUACAUUCAGCAGCCAUACAUGUAAGUACAGCGGUUACAUUCAAACUGAGCACACAGUGACCUUCCAUAUCAGUUUUAAUUUUGCAUAGCCUCUCAAUACACGAUAUUCACAGCUACAUAUCAUAGGUUAGUAUACUGGCUAACCUCAAUUCAAUUCAACGAUAUUACAAACAUUGUCGCUAUUGAAUAUUUGAAUAUGAGCAUUCAACUCAUUCACCCAUGUGAAUAUUCUUAAAGGCCUAUGCCGUUCGUAAAUAAUUUGAAAUCGAAAAUAUACAAUUACGUAUUAAAACUGGUUACUAAAUAUAAAUAUCAAUAUUGCUGUUGUGAAGACAGAUAUUAUACAAAUGUUAUGAAUACAAAGUUUCAGAAAAUUUGCGUGCUUUAUAACUGCACUGAAGCAUUGUCUAACUACAUUUUCUUUGUUCCAGAGCCACACGUAAAUAUGAACGGUGUACCACUUUAACACUCUGAUGAGUCGUCUGCCAAAUACUCUGAAUUCUUAAGAGGAUGACAAUAAAAGCACCAUGGCCGAAAUAUAAAUAAAGUCUCGAGCGAUUCUAAAUAUCGUAUCAUCCAUUGAUAUACAGGCUGACCCAUCACGAUGCGUGAGAUUCAAUCUGUCAUCGAUGGCCUAGUGAUCGUUGGUUACCAAUACACUAUGCCAGCCAAAGCAUUGGUAAUGGCGGACUUGUACCAAUGAUCAUUUGAUGUACGCUGCAGAGGAUUCGACAUUGGGAACUUGGAUUUAAAGCAAGAAAGUAAGCAUCGAAAUCAAGUAGGUCUUCCAAAUCUCAAGAAACGGCAGGACGAUUGAGUGAGCAUUGAUUUUAACGCAGAGAACUCACGAAGAAAAGAUUGGCGUUUUACUUUUCUUGAAGGAGUACAUGCACACCUUCUUUCACCGUUUGUACCACGCAUUAAGCUUUUCGGUUAUAAAAGGACUUUUUGUUCCCAGAGGUCAGGACUGUUCAUUGCCAGGCUUUGUUUCAAGCUUGUUAAGAUCUUUGAAGUUGUCUUCAGAAGAAACAAAUCAUGAGUAGGCAACAUAAUCCCAAAGUUUCAUUUGAGCCUGGUGUCAGUAUGGCUGCUAUGCCUGACGGGACUUUAGAGAUGCCAAAUGGUAUAGAGGGGGACCAGGAUGCGGCUAUGAAGAAACAGAAGAAGAAACUGGAUAAGACUUGGGUCAAGGAUACGGAGGAGACGAUACUUCAGAUUCUUAAGGUGCUUAGUAAAAAGGUUCAGAUGAAUACUGAGAUGUUGCAGAGACUGACAGGGAUGGGAGACUAUCCAAUGGUGAUGAUUGAUGCGACGGAUCAGGCCGUUGGGGAAAGGGUGUUACAAAAGGAUUGGAUCAAGAGGAGUGAUAAGUUAAAACAGGACAUUAAUUUAGAUGACAGAAUACACAACUACUAUCGACAUAAUGUAAUUGUAGAAACGCGCGUUGUGUACACGAAGAUCGUGGACGUGGACACAGUCGAACAGCACUUCAAGGCUGAGGUGUUCCUUCAAGCAAGAUGGGAGGAGCCAGCACUCGAUACGAGAACAAAUGCCGACUUAGCGAAAAUCCACAGUCUGGACAACCUAUGGGACCCUCGAGUGACCAUCACCAAUAUCGUGGGUAGGCCUGACGAUGAUGACACGUGGAUAGUGGUCACCCGGGAAGAAUGCUACAACUACCCAGUCAUCACUAUGAGAAGACGGGUCAAGGGAUUCUUCUCAGAAACUUUAGAACUCAAGGAUUUCCCCUUAGAUGUGCAGGAACUGACACUGCAGAUAGUAUCCAAGAGAUCGAACGAUGAAGUCGAAUUAAUAGAAGACAGAUACCGAAUCUCGGCGGUCAAUACGACGAACUUCCUCGACCAGGACGAGUGGACCUUAUACAAACACGUUGAAAACGCGACAGGAGAUAUCCAGAGUGAAUUCACCUCUUCAAAACAUAAACAUUCCACCAUAUUCUUUACGUGCUCUGUCCGGAGGAAUCCUGGGUAUUUUGGUUGGAACAUCUUCCUUAUUCUGUUCUUGCUCGUAUCGCUGAUGUUCUGUUCAUUCGCCAUCGUGCCCACCAACCCCCAGAACAGACUUACAGUCACGCUAACCCUUUUAUUGACCGUCGUCGCCUUCAAAUUCAUCGUCAACCAAGACCUGCCUGCGAUUCCCUACCUAACGUAUCUGGAUAUCUACAUAGUGUCUUGCAUAGUGUUGCUAGUUCUCCAAGCGAUCCAGAACGCUUUCAUCACAGCUUUCAAUGGCGACCCAGACAAACAGGAGAUUGUUGACAAAUACACGCUCUACUUCCUGAUAGCCUGCCAUCUUACCUUCCAUCUGGCGUUCUUCCUUUUCAUCGCUAUAGUGGCGGUUAAAGCACGGACAGACUGUGAAGAAAAGGACCGAGAGUACAAGGAAAGACGCAUAGCCCACGACAAGAAACGGCAAGCGUUGAAACACCCAGCAGACGAUGACAUCUACGAAAUGCCAGCGUAGAGCAUGUCGUCUGCUCGGAAGGGAAUCCCCUCUGCCUGUGAGAUCUUACAUCAAUCUACAGGCCAUUUCAGUCAACUCACAUGUUCGGUGAAACGGAUGUCAAUACCGCACGAUAUGCUUGGUUGCGUCGGUGAUAUCACAUGUGCGCGAAAAAUGGAUAAAAAUAAUCGACUUGCGUGAUUGCAGUUAUGGAGAAUGAGUUUAGCGGGGCAUUAUCGAUGGUGGAAACCGCACAGACUUAAUGGGCUGUUGAUUGAUUGUGCCUUACUUUCCGUGGCGGUGUUGGUGUUGUGUCCUGGCUUUGAUGAACAGAAAGUGAUUAGCCUUUUGCUGUGAUAUGUUAGGAUAUAAGAAAUGAUCAUGGCAAGAUUUCAAUUGCCGUGUUUUGUCAAGGUGUGGGUCUACCAAUAUCGGUAUAGAACGAAUCGUAGCCCAAUGAACAGAUGUUCUGGUUACAAGCUAUUAGAUUUUGGUCAGCAAGCUACAUCAAUGAUGCUAGUCCCCUUGAUCCAAAAUAUAAUUGCACAUCGACUCCCGUUCCAGGGGGCUUUCGUUUCUGUCACACCGACCGCAUAUUACAUGUACUCUUAACACCAAAGCAAUAUUCAGAAAUAAAGGUUAUCUUCCAAAAUCAUAAAUUGCAACUACAUGUACAUGUAAUGUACACUUUACGACAGGAAUUAUAGUUAUUAAGUCCGCCGGCAUUGUACUUACUGAUUAAAAGUCGAGCCAUCAACAAGACGAACUACAUUGCAUCACCAAAUCAUCCAAAAGGACAGCGUUCGAUACUAAAGAAGAAGAAUACUUUCAACCAGACGAAGAUGCAUGAAAAAUCUAAUGCAUUCUUUCGGUAUCUUCAAAGCAGUACCGGAGAUGGCAUCCAACCGAACCCUUUCCGAGUGUGAUGUUUUAUUCAAUUACAGAUAGAUUGUAAUAAGAACAACUAAUUACAUUUUCUUGAAAAUUUGCUUCAGACGAUUACAGAGCGAAUGCUUGUUUAUAAGGACUGGUGAACAUCGAUUCUCAUUGUAUUUACAUCAAAUGUAGCAAAUUUUAACUUAACCAGCAUGUUUUUAACUUUUCCCAGUAACUGUGACAGAACCUUCUUUCGCCAUCCGACUCAUAUAAUUGUGCGUCUGGAUUAGAAUAUACCGAGCUGGCGAGGGAGGUGUUUUGGACUUCUGUGUCCGUGGUAUUUCGGAAUCUAAAGAGGUCGUCAUCAAGUUACUAUAUGGUUUAGAUUUGAGUAUUAUAACAUUGUAAAUACUUACAAAAUGAUGUAUAUAAUCAAUGUAUUUUCGUACAUGUAUUAAAUAUUUAU